UCAUUCGAAUAAACAUUCUCGACAAUCUUUCAGCUGCAAUACUCUUGAUAAUUUCCAAACUCUCACAUGUUCAUGAAUUUUGAUACCAAUUGUGAGAUUUAUUCGGAAAACAUGAAAGAAUCAUCUAUGAAAACCAAUCAGGAAUUCUUGAAGAAGUUGGAAACAUCAUGUUUUAACGACGAACUCGACUGGCCACUUACCCUUGAAGAUCUCGACCUGAGUUUUACUCAUGAUAUUAUUACCGACGUUACUUCUCCGAUCACCACAUAUUCUUCCGAUGAUCAAAACAUUGCUUCAAAAGUAUUUCCGAUUACAAACAUCGCGGCAGUAUUCCCACAACACCAAUCAGCAAAUUUUCCGGCCAUGGGUACGUCUCUUCCCGCUGUUAUGGACUUUACAGACGUGGCUCUGAACUGGGAUUUUACGACAGGGCAGAAGGUGGUCUCCGGUGGAGAGGUUCACCAAGUUCUGCCGCUAGUUAAUGAAGAUUUUACUCCAUCACUGCCGCAGAGGAAGUAUAGAGGCGUUAGGAGACGGCCGUGGGGGAAGUUCUCGGCGGAGAUGAGAAACCCAGAGAAGAAAGGGAGGAGGCUGUGGCUGGGGACGUAUGAUACGGCGGAGGAAGCUGCCAUGGCGUAUGAUCGAGCAGCUUUUAAGUAUCGUGGAUGUCAAGCUGUGCUUAACUUCCCACAUUUGAUUGGGUCCCACAAUGUAAGCCCUGAGAAAUAUACCAUCGAAAGACGGUUGCUGAAGUCCGGGUGUUCAUCGUCGUCACCGUCGCCUGAAUCACCUAGAAAUAACAACCGGAAGAGGAGGAAAAGCACUGCUGUGUGAUAUGUUUUUCUCUGAAAUCAAGGGCUGCUUGUAUUUUAUCAUUUUAUGUAAAUAUUUACCAAAAUAUGGUAGUUUAAAAGGGAAAAUUCAUCAAAUGACAAAUAAUGUGCAGUUGAAGAAAAUGACCAAAAAAAUGCAACUUUCAAUAAAUGGUCAUGAU